AUGGCCAGUGCAAUCAAGAGCGCGCUGCCUACCCACCUGAAGCCUCACGCUGGCAGUGAUGAUCAGCUCUUUGAGCGCCGUCAUGGCAAGACGCGCAGUCACAUGGCUUUCGAGAACACCUCGACCAACGUCGCUGCCGCUCAGAUGCGAAAUGCUCUGACCAACCUCGCCGAGACCGUCAAGGACCCCGAGCAGAAGAAGCUGUUCGAUACCGAGAUGGACAACUUCUUCGCCCUCUUCCGACGAUACCUUAACGACAAGGCCAAGGGCAACGCUGUUGACUGGGACCGCAUUGCUCCCCCCGCCCAGGGCCAGGUCGUCGACUACGAGGACCUUGCCAACACCGAGUCGGUCCAGUUCCUGAACAAGCUGGCCGUCCUCAAGCUCAAUGGUGGUCUCGGUACCUCGAUGGGUUGCGUUGGUCCCAAGUCGGUCAUCGAGGUCCGUGACGGCAUGUCCUUCCUCGACCUUUCCGUGCGACAGAUCGAGUUCCUUAACCGCACCUACGACGUCAACGUGCCUUUUAUCCUGAUGAACUCGUUCAACACCAACGACGACACCGCCGCCAUCAUCAAGAAGUACGAGGGCCAUAACGUGGAUAUCCUCACCUUCAACCAGUCCCGGUACCCCCGAAUCUACAAGGACUCUCUGCUCCCCGUCCCCAAGAACUUUGAUGCCUCCAUCAACGAGUGGUACCCCCCUGGCCACGGUGACGUCUUCGAGUCUCUGUACAACUCGGGCAUCCUCGACAAGCUCCUGGAGCGGGGCAUCGAGAUCAUCUUCCUGUCCAACGUGGACAACCUGGGCGCCGUCGUCGAUCUCCGCAUUCUCCAGCACAUGAUGGAGACCAACGCCGAGUACAUUAUGGAGCUGACCAACAAGACCAAGGCCGAUGUCAAGGGUGGUACUAUCAUCGAUUACGAGGGCUCGGUCCGCCUGCUGGAAAUUGCCCAGGUCCCCAAGGAGCACGUCAACGAGUUCAAGUCGAUCAAGAAGUUCAGGUACUUCAACACCAACAACAUCUGGCUCAACCUCAAGGCCAUCAAGCGUGUUGUGGAGAACGACGAGCUCGAGAUGGAGAUCAUCCCCAACGGCAAGACCAUCCCCGGCGACAAGAAGGGCGAGUCGGACAUUUCCAUCAUCCAGCUCGAGACGGCCGUCGGUGCUGCCAUCCGCCACUUCAACAACGCCCACGGUGUCAACGUGCCCCGUAGACGAUUCUUGCCCGUCAAGACCUGCUCUGACCUGAUGCUGGUCAAGUCGGACCUCUACACCCUCAAGCACGGCCAGCUUCAGAUGAGCGCGGCCCGCUUCGGUGACGCCCCCCUGAUCAAGCUGGGUGGCGACUUCAAGAAGGUCUCGGACUUCCAGAAGCGAAUCCCCUCCAUCCCUAAGGUGCUGGAGCUGGAUCACCUCACCAUCACUGGUGCCGUCAACCUCGGCCGCGGCGUGACACUCAAGGGCACCGUCAUCAUCGUCGCAACAGAGGGCAGCACCAUCGACAUCCCCCCCGGUUCCAUCCUCGAGAACGUCGUCGUCCAGGGCAGCUUGCGUCUUCUGGAGCACUGA